UCGAAAUCUUCCAUCAUUGCACUUGCAUGAUGUCAAUCUGAUGCACAACACCCUCCCCCGAGAUAGCAAAUAAACCACGUAGUGAGUGAAGCUCGCACUAGCCCGAACGGCUCUAGCUUCGCUCUGCUGUGUGUGUGUUACGCGCAAGCCCGGAGAGAGAUGACAAGAGCUUCGCGAGGCUGGACAUUCAAACAUGGAGCUUUUUAAAACGCAAAUGUCGGUACUUUGGAUAUUAUUGCUGAAUGGAAACAAGGGCUGUCACACUGAAGAAGUGGUCCUGCUGAACUCAAAAGAAACUCAGGCAGAGCUCGGUUGGACGUCGCACCCCUCCAAUGGCUGGGAGGAGAUCAGUGGCGUGGAUGAGAAGUACAAGCCCAUCAGGACCUACCAGGUGUGUAACGUGAUGGAGCCGGCACUGCAGAACAACUGGCUGCAGACGGGCUGGGUGGCGCGGCGCGGCGGCCAGCGGAUCUUCGUGGAGCUGCAGUUCACGCUACGCGACUGCAACAGCAUCCCGGGCGUGGCAGGCACCUGCAAGGAGACCUUCAACCUGCUCUACGUGGAGUCGGACAAAGACCUGGGCCGGGUGACCCGCGAGGAACGCUACACCAAGAUCGACACCAUCGCCGCCGACGAGAGCUUCACACAGGGCGACCUGGGUGAGAGGAAGAUGAAGCUCAACACAGAGGUGCGGGAGAUCGGACACCUGAACCGGAAAGGGUUCCACCUGGCGUUCCAGGAUGUGGGGGCAUGCGUGGCCCUGGUGGCGGUGCGGGUGUACUACAAGCGCUGCCUGGCCACGGUGCAGAACCUGGCUGUGUUUUCUGAUACGGUUGCGGAGGCAGCGUUCGCCACACUCGUGGAAGUCAGGGGAGCCUGCGUCAACAACUCUGAGGUUGACACGGACAGCCCUCCCAGGAUGCACUGCAGCGCUGAGGGUGAGUGGCUGGUGCCCAUCGGGAAGUGCAGCUGUUCAGCGGGUUACGAGGAGGGUCACAGCAGCUGUGAAGGUAAGAUAAAAAGAUGGAUGGAUGGAUGGAUGGAAGGAAGGAAGGAGUUAUGUCAAGUGAGUGAGGGAACGAUAGAAGAAAAGAGUGACGGAUGUAUGGCGGGUGGAAACAAAUGCGGUGCAGGGGACUUUGUUUUUGUGGUAAUCACCGUGCAGAAAUGUUCUGUUUUUGACCUAAACCAGUUCUGUCUGGCUGUUGGAGACAUUUCAUCGACAACCUGUAAUCAUGUUUGAAGCAGGCAACAUUGUGAAGGGA